AUGAAAAUCUCGGUAAUUUUAAUCAAUUUUGCUUUUGGCCGAGAAGAAGAGAAAAAAACCACUAGAGAUGAUUGUGCUCUUCCAUAUGAAGUCGGAAUGUGUCGAGCUGCGAUUCCACGAUUUUACUACAAUAUCGACAGUGGAAAAUGCGAAAAGUUUACUUGGGGAGGCUGCGGCGGAAAUCUGAACAAAUUCCCUGACGAAGAAUCUUGCAUGAAUUUAUGCGCUGGAUUGACCAGAGCGGAUGUUCGCGAGCUUUAG